UUUAAUUUCAUAUAUUUAUUGAAAAGUUGUUAAUAUAAAUAUCUAGAAAAUAUCAUUAUUGUGUUUUUAUUUUUACUCUGACUGAUAUCUUUUCCCAACACUUCUUUCCAUCGCGCAAUCGAACAAACCUCUACCUAUAACGGAAGCUCUUCUAAAGUGUCAAUCAGACAGGCUACCAAUGAAAAUUCUGUCUAUAUUCAGUUCUUUACUGUUAAUUUUAGCGGAAGUCAAGGUGAAAUCAGACGGCCUUCGGCCGAAAAAGAUUAUAUUCAAGAGUUCAAUUAACAAACGAUUUAUUUACGAUAUUAAGCUGACACAGUAUUCACACUGCAUCUGUGCCCAAAAACAAUAGGGGUACUUGAAAUGGUUGUUGUAUGUAUUGAAGUACGGGUACUUGUAAUACAUGUCUUAUCAAAUGCAAGAGAGACCACUUUGUGCAUACUUCAAAAAGCGGAAGUUUAUUAUCGUAUGUACAUUUCAAUUUAUAUUAAAUUUGGUUUGAUUAUUAAAACAAAAGGUAAACUCUAUGAUAUGGAACUACGUGCUGAUUGUGUUAAGGACACUGACCAAUUUCAAGCUUUAUUAGAUGAGAUUGGCCCAUGUUCAGCUUCUGAUCACGGUGGUUUGGGCGGAACGACACUGGUGGAAGAAAGCUCAAGUGAACAUAAAAGGCAUGACAAACAUGAACGUCAAAGGAGGGAAGAAAUUGGCGGAAUGGAUGUGAUUGAUGAAAUGGAACAAAUAAUAAAGGAUAGGGAAUGUGAAGUAGAACGCUUAAAAGUGACAAAUAAAAAGGCUAAACAACGAAUUCGUGAACUUGAAAGGCGGUCGCAUGCUAUAACAACUGAAAUGGCAAAGGUUAUGGAAGAGAAAGGAAAUUUUGAAAAUUUAAAUGACGAGUUCUCCAACUCAAACAUCACAGAGAAGUUCUAUAAACUUUAUGACAAUGACUGGGUUUAUCUGUCUAGACGACUAGGAAAGCUGGGCGUCUCAUUAACUGAGCUUGAACUUAUACAUCACCUAACACAGAUGAUGAAGUUUGUCUAUGAAGAAUGUGGAAAAGCUGCUGAUUCUCAGAUUCGUCUGUUUUUCUUGCUUACUGAAAAUGAACCAACACCUCUUCAAGAAGAUAAUCCAGAACUAUUUUCUUUACGAAGAAAAUAUGCCCGGACAGAGGCAGUACGCAAUAGACUGGUACAUGAAAUAUGGUUAAAACUAAAGACGACAGAAGAAAUAAGUGCUUUCGAUGUCGGGGCAAAUAAAGCAGAGGUAGUCAAUGAUUUGAAAAAGUUUUUCGACAAAUAUAUCGAUUGCUGCUGGUUGAUAAUAGUUUCAAACCCUCCAUUAAGACUAGAUUUUGAUGUUAUUGGCAGAAACCAUUCGGAAUGUAUUGAACAUUUUAGAAUAUACUCACCAAAACAGCCAGUUAUAGAUCCGAUGAAAGAAGAAGGUACCAUCUACGAAGUUGUUUGGCCUAGUAUCUGUCUUCAAAAUGGUGGCGGUUGCUACAAAAAGGGAGAAGUUGUGAUAAUUCAAACUGCAAAGAAAACAGACAAUGUAUGCAAUAAUGAUAAUAUGAGACACAAUAAACAGAUUGUAGGGAACAAAAACAACGACCAAAUAGCAGUCAGGCACACGAUGGAUUAAGAAGGAUGAAAUGGGAUCCUUCUAACAAAAGCAAAAAUUGUCUCUAAAACUACUAUUACAAAGAGUAUUUCCGGGAUUUGUUACCAGUGCUUUAUUAUACAUUAUAUUUUGAAAUAUAUAUGACGUAUUAGCAUGACCUUUUUAUGCUAUGUAAUAUAGAGAAUACAUAGUUGAUGUCUGAAAGGUUUAUCCGGUGAGAGAGAGAGAGUGCAUCUUGGCGAGCUUUAGCGAUUUUCUUGCUUAUGACUGGUUUAAUCAUGUCAAAUCAUUUUUCUGUACGUAAUCUGCUGUGGUCAUAGUGUUAUUUUUACAAUAGCUUUAGCUCCUAAAUUUUGUUUGCUAUUGCUAAUCAUGGUCAUGCAACUACAUAGAAAGGUAAAGAAGCAGACGCUUGUCUUGGUUGAGUCUAUUAUGUUUUGUUUAGGGGUGAGUUGUCAUACACAAAUUUACAAUUUAUAUGCAUUUAUUUUUUUCCAAUGAUUGUUAUUAUCUUAAAUGCUUCUGGGAUCGUUGUUUUAUCAAUUCAUUUGUAGAUAAGAUUGUUAUAUGUCUAUUAACAAAAUAAUUUUAAUGAACACGAAAUAAGUUCACACCUACAUGUGUAUUGAUAACGUGAUGGUUUAAGCCAAUGAAAACACAUCAAUAUUAUUACAGUCAGGCAGAGAAAAAGAGUAAAUAGAUAAUCUUUAUGUAGCAAACAAAAUUCGAAUUGCAAGUAUUUUUUCAUAUCCUUUCGGCAGGAUAAACUGUCCGAGGAGGGCCAUGCAUUUUCGUAUCGUAAAAUGGCUGCCAUUUACAGUAUCAAGUGAUUAUCCCAAGCACCACCGCGACUUAGCGCGGGAAUUAUAAAUAUAGUUAACCUCAGCCGUUGCAUAGGAUGAAAAAUACCUUUUUCAUAUUUUUUUGUAAUAAAUAUUUACAAACUGUGUCUUUCGGCGUUUUUUUAUCAAUUUAAAACCAAUAAUGAUGUUAAUAAAUCUGCGACUAUGAUUUACAAUGAAAUUCUACUUUUAGUGUUUUAAAAAGGUUUUUAAUUUCCUCUGGAACAUACGAUAC